AAUGGUAUAUUGCGUAAGAUGAAAACUCUCACGUUUUAAUUGGUCUUUCUCUUUCACUCUCAACAAAACACCCCAUUUCUUCUUCUUCUCUCAAUCUUUAUAACUCAAAUCAUCAAAUUCAUUUCUCACCACAACCAAAACAGAAAAACCCUAACCCUAACUUCUUCUUCUUCUUCAAAAUCCAACAAAAAUGAAGAACAAUAACAACAGUAGCAACACAAAGCUCAUUCUCCUCCACCCUUACAUUCUCAAACAAGGGAACUCAAACCGUCUAUGGCUUCUCGCAAUCGUAUCAUUCUUCACAGUAGCAUUUCUCCUCACCUUAAUCUACACCAGAGACUCCACAACAACAACCGCCGCCACCGCCGCUGCAACCGCUGCCAUGACAACAGCUGGUUUCUCUUCAAAUUCACCUUCUUCUUCUUCUUCGUUACCGACGAACGUAGUCAACACACUCUUACACUACGCUUCAAGAUCAAACGACACUUUCAAGAUGUCGUUUGCCGAACUCAAACCGAUCGCCGAUGUUAUCAGAAAAUGUUCUUCUUCUUCUUCUCCUUGUAAUCUUCUGGUUUUCGGUCUCACACACGAAACUCUUCUCUGGAAAGCCUUAAAUCACAACGGCCGUACAGUCUUCAUCGAUGAAAAUCGUUACUACGCCGCUUACUACGAACAACUCCAUCCCGAAAUCGACGCUUACGAUGUUCAAUACACUACGAAAACGAGCGAAAUCAAGGAUCUGAUUUCCACGGCGAGAGAUCAGAUCAAGAACGAGUGCCGUCCGGUUCAGAAUCUUCUCUUCUCCGAUUGUAAAUUAGGGCUAAACGAUUUGCCUAACCACGUGUACGAAAUCGAUUGGGAUGUUAUCAUCGUUGAUGGGCCUAGAGGUGAUUGGGCCGACGCACCGGGCCGGAUCCAGCCCAUUUUCACUGCCGGGGUUUUGGCACGUAGUAAAAAAGGCGGGAACGCUAAAACACACGUGUUCGUUCACGAUUUCAGAAAAGGUUUGGAGAGAGUUUGUGGUGAUGAGUUUUUGUGUAGAGAAAAUCUUGUUGAGUCUUCGGAUUUGCUUGGUCAUUACGUGGUUGAGAAAAUGGAAGAAACUAGUUACCAAUUCUGUCGCAACAACGACAAUAAUCACACUGUCGUUUCGAAUAAUACGUCGUCGUUUUCGUAGUUGUUUGCCGAAUUCGGUGUCGUUUUUUGUUUUUUUUUUUUACAUAUACGUACAAAAUAAUAAUAGUGAUGAUGUUAUAUAAAAUACUCUUUUGGGGUGGGAAAAGAGAAGAGGUGAAGAUAAUGGUGGCUAUUUAUGAUCAAUUUGGUCACAUCCUUUUUAGAUUUUUUUUUUCGUUUGGGAAUGUAAAAAAUAAUUCUUUUUUUUUUGGUAAAAAAAAAUUGUAAUCUUUACGAAAUGAAAUAUCCAAGUUUUCAUUAUAUUUUUA